AUGCAGGGGGCCGAUGACGCCUCCUUCGCCCUGUCCCUCAUGCUGAUCGGCAGCGUGGCGUUUGUGCUGACGUUGUUCUACCUCUUGAACUCGCCGGAUCCGCACAUUCAAAGCUACUCCUGGAAUGUCCUCAGUGGUGCCAUUUGCACCUUCAUGGGCGUCCGAGUAGGCACGGCUUGGAACGCCAUGGUCACCUUCUACGUUCUGGGGCCUGACGCUUCGCCCCUCAGCAGGAUCGCGGCCAAUGGUAUCCUGUCUCUGAGCUGGUAUCUGCUCCUUCAGAUCGUGCUCGCAUGGGUCUGCGGGCUCUUCAAGCACGCAGGACACAGACACAGCACGGACAUUGUCCACAUGGUGCUGAACUUGAAGUGCUGGGCAGUAAUGCUGGGCAUUGUCACAGGCGCGAGUUCGAUGGGCUUCUUCAGCAUGAUCCAGGACUUGGGGAGGGACAGCUUUCUGUGGGUGAUUUCGAUGCCAGUGGUAGCCUUCUUCGUUCUUGGAGGCAUUUACCACGUCGGUGACAAUAUCCGGACGCACGUCUCGAAGAUGGAUGAUGAUGAAGUCGACCUCUACGAGGCCGCCUGGGACAAGUACACCGAUCAGACGGAGGACGUGGUGAUCGCCCUGACCGUCGGGCACCUGGUAGUGCAGUCGUCGCGGUAUCUCCUGACGGGCACGCUGCCGCUGCCCACCGGGGAGGUGCGGCCCGGCACCGAGAUCGAAGAUGGGGACGUUUGGACGCUGGCAGGCUCCAGCCUCAUCUACAUCUCGCUGAUCGUGGGGCUGCAGUUCUGGACGCCGCAGGGCGACGUUGGCCGCAUGCUGCAGCGACGCGGCGCGCAGAUCCUUGCCAAUUGCACCGCCUUUGCCCUCUUCUACAGCACCAACUGGUCUGCACAGCAGAUGAUGCAGCUGACUGGGACUGCGCAGAGCCUCGUCGUCGCUCUAGGCGUUACGUGGGUGGCGUUCGGCUGCCUCCUGCUGCUGGAUUUCCUUGCGGACCUCGAGUGCACCGGCGAGCGCUUCGACCGGGCGCUGCGGCAGAUGGUGGCCCCAAUUUCCGUUCUCAUUGGCUUCGGCUGGAAGGGCGCCUUCGCGACCGCGGGCAACACGCUCGUGGCGGAUAUCCACGUCUUCGCGCCUCCUCUGGAAAACCUCCUGAUGUGCCUGAUCCUCCUGUCCUUUGUGCUGCCGGCUUGGCGGAUGUACAUCCUUCCCGUGGUGAUGUUGGAUGAGCUCAGAGCUAUGAGGAGGAAGAAAGGGAUCCUCAAGUACCACAAAACAGUUGAAGGCAUGGCGAUAGAAGAGCUGAUGGAUGCUCAAGCCAAGCACGCUUUCCACAAGUUGGAGGUCUGCUUGGAGGCAGCGGCCUUCCAGAACCAAACAGAGGCGUACAUCAUCGAGAUGGAGCGGAUGCAGGAUGCCCUGCAGACCAAGCUCGCCAAGCUGAGGAGUCAGAACGCACAGCUGGACGGCUCCAAGGGCACCAACGGCAACGCGCAGCAAAACACGGAUGUCGAGGCCGCCGGAAACGCAGGAAACGCUGCCGCCAAGGCAGAGGAGCCCCACAAGGGACCCUGGAGCCUCUUGCACUGA